AUGGGUUCACUUCCGCAGACAAACCACCUCAGGGUCGCUAUCGUCAAAGCCUAUGAGAUCGACGAGCCGAAACAUCGGGGCAUGGUCUUGUCCUUCCGGGACAACAUUCUGCGACAGACACCCGAUGCGAUCAUUAACACAUACACGCCGAUGAAGGAGGACGGACACCUGCCGAACCCUGCAGACUACGACCUCAUCAUCAUCACCGGCGGACUGAGCAAUCUGUGCCAGGCAUCGUUUGAGCCCUGGGUCAACACGACUCUCGAGUGGAUUCGGCAGGUGGUUUCGCAGCAGCACAUUGCUAAAACGAAACUGCUCGGCAUCUGCUGGGGUCACCAAGCAAUCGCAACUGCGCUCUCUGGGAAAAUCGGAAGCUUCGAGCAUCCAAGGGUCGGCGUGGAACAACUUAAAUUGAACGAUGACGGGAAACGGGUCUUUGGCAAGGACACAUUGAAAAUCACAAAAUUCCACAAGCGGUUUGUUCAGCAGGUGCCAGAUGGCUUCAAGCCCCUGGCAAGCGACAACGAAAUUCUCUUUUCCGACUCAGGCUUGGUCCUGUCCUUCCAGGGACACCCCGAGAUCUAUGGCGAGCUGUCCCGUCAGCUUUUUGAGAUGGAUGUCCCAUACUACAGAGCGACUCUGCCUACCGAGGAGGACCUCCAGCGUUAUUACGCAGAGAUGUCCUCGAGCGAAGAAGAUUCCAGGCUGAUUUUUCAAAAGUUGGCAGAGUGGGCUCGUUCGUAA